CAAAUUAUAAUGCACAUAAACAGGAUCAUUCAACCUUUGGUACUCCAAUCUAUUCCUCUUCUUGGUGUGCAUUCUUUCAAAAACACUCCAAUUUCUUUUACACCUUGAAGAAGAUGAUGUUUGACUCGAGUUGUAUUGCUAAUUUUUUAAGAUUUGAAGCACUAUAUCCAAAACAUUUUUACCACUCAUCUAUGAAGAAGACAAAAAGAAAAAAAAGUGUACAAGGGUUAAAAUGUUGAAUAUCAUGAAUAAUUAAAUAAAAGUGUUAUAAUCUUAAAAAAAAAAAAAACAGUUGAAAUCUUAUCAAGUUUCAUAGUUUUUGAGGAUUUAGGACCACUUUCAUGACCAAAGCUUUCCUCUUUUUUUUGUCAUACAACUCAUGCUUAUUCAAAAAUUUAGACAUCUGAAAUAGCACUUUUGCAUCCAUAACAUCUAUAAAACCUUUCAUGACUUCUUUUUGGGUUGAAAAAUUCUCUUUAUCAUAGAAAAAAGCAAGAUUUAAGUAAUAGGCAGUAGCAUGAAGAUUGUGACGAAGUUGCUUAUCUCACCUUUCCUUGAUAAUUCUUGUAUAAGGCUUGUGCAAAGUCUCCAUAUUCAUCAAUAUAGUCUUAAUGGCCUUUCUAGGUCUAUAUAUGCCAUCAUAGAUAUAUCCAAGUGAAGGCCUCUCACCACCAUCCACAAUUCUAAGCAAGCAAAUAAGUGGUCCCAAGCUCACAAUUAUUCCAAAAUUUUUUUUUUUUUUAUCUAGAACAAUAGCCACAACAUCAUUUGCCUUAUGAUCUUUGUAGUAUCUAAACUCUUUAAAUUCCAAGCUAGUCACCAAUGCUUAAAAGUCAUGCCUAUGCUGAUGAAUGCUUUUCAAUGCAAUGAAUAUUGUUUCAAAAU